GUAAGCUGGACAACGCCACGCAGACAAUUAUGAGAAUGCCAAGAUGUGGCAGCAAAUGGGCCAAACGUGACCUGACCUUCAAAAUCUCGGAAUACCCCAGAGGUAUAUCACGUGACAUGGCGGAGAAAGAGGUACAUAAAGCCCUAAAGGUUUGGGGGGAUGUAACUCCCCUGAACUUCAUCCUGCGCCCAUACGACGAGAGAGUAGACAUCGAUGUGAAGUUUACACGGCGUAGUCAUGGCGACGGGAAUCCAUUCGAUGGACGCGGGCAAACUUUAGCGCACGCUUUCUUCCCCCAGUAUGGUGGUGACGCACACUUCGACGACGACGAGGAUUGGACGAUAAAUUUGUCAUCAG